AUGUCAUCAGGUUACGGUGUUAGAAGCAAGAACGGAAGAUGUUACGGUCUCUGGAUGGAUUACAGAAGCUGCAUGUAUCACAAUGAACAACCAAAGGCCUGUAGUGCUAAUUUGGAAGAUUAUGUGGAAUGUUUGCACCAUUUUAAAGAGGUAUGA